AUGGCAGAGCAAACCGAUAAUCCAUGUAAACCCCACUACAAUAUAUCCAUGUCAAGAAGAACUAGAAGGCCUAACAAUCUCAAAAUAGAGGCAUGUGAGAGUACAUGUUUAGGGAAAGAAGAAAAUGCACAUAGAAGACAAAAGCAUGAAGAUCAUCAGCAGCAGAAAAGCUUGAAGGAGCUGAUUCAAGGCAGAUGUCCAUUAGCCCAACACUUCGAGGUCAAGGAAGAAGAGAAGCAACAAGAUCCGGUGAUUAGUCGAAAUGAAAAUGGAGUCAAGUUCAAGAAAAUUGUGAAACAUUGUGUCGAUGUUAUGAGCAAUUUGAUCAAGGUAAAACAAGACCCUCCUGUAGAGUCCCGGAAAAAACCUAUAGGGUCAUUAACAUUUGUCAAGCAGAAAUGA